GGACGACAUCCGUUGCUCAUCAUUGAUGCCAUUCCAAAUCCCUGCAGCCAUGGCCUCCCGUAUUCAACCAUCUUCGCAGCGGAAUCUUCGCCAAUCAUGUGACAAAUGCCGAACCCGAAAACAAACAUGCACAAAGGAGUCUGGUGGCUGCUCACGCUGCAAAGGCUUAGGUAUCCAAUGUCGCUAUUCUGCUCGGAAGCCCACUGGUCGUCCCCGAAAGACAAUAUCUCUUGUUUUCCGGGGUCCCAAUGUGCCAAGUAGCAGUAGACCUCGUUUUGCUAUGGAUUAUAAUCAUAUCCUCCCGAUUGAUACAAUCCUACAUGAACCCACCAGCCUUCAAUUUUUGGAUGAAAACAUUACACCCCAUAGUACAAAUUCCAUUUCUAAUUUCUGGGAAGCCGGACAAGCGACAAUGCCACUCUCCAAAGAUACAGACACCUGCAGCUGCCUUCCCCGUAUCUACUAUGAUAUUAGGACACUUCGCGCCCUUAUAAAGGAGGCGGUUCCGAGUUUCAAAGUCGUCCGUACGGCUGUUAAAACCGCUCAUGAUGCUCUUAAGUGCACCUCUUGCUCGCGCUUAAUGAUGGUCUCCCAAGAUCCUACGGAGAAGCUACGGGCUCUUUGCACCCUCAUCUCGUUAAUACCUAGCUUCUACCUCCAACUCCUGCAAAUGAUUGAAUGUGAAGCUUCUCUCGCAGUAGCUGAAAACCGCCAACUUGCAUUCAUCCUCGAGGAAACCGGUGGUCUAUGGGGUAAUCUUACGGGCGAUGGAAAAUGCCGGGACGUGGAGAGGCUCAGGGAGCGACCCCUUGAUCCAGAGUUGUGGCGCCAAACAAUGCGCGCUCUCUUGAGGACCGACGUGUAUGGCGUUGAUCUGGACUUUUAUCGUGGGGACUCUGGAAAGUCGAUCAAAAGACAGCGGCAUUCAGGGCUCACCGACAUGGUUGGGAUGCUGGAUGAACUUACAACAAGGGGGCCUUUUAAACAAAUGGGUGGCUGGCCUGUUCCAGAAUCGAGUACCAAUUUCACCUGUAUGGAGUUGAUAGCAGCCGCAAAGCGGAGUGUCAG